CAAAAUUAUUCGGUUGUCGCCGUGGGUCUUCGGGACUGCGGAAAUAAAUAUUAUAUAAACAAACUCUUCUUCUUGUCUAACAUUCUGAGACAAGUGACAACAGUUGAACACCGCUAGUCAGCGAGUUAGCUUGCUUAUUGCUCGUUUAUCUGCGGUAGUUAAGUACCUACUCAGAUGUCUGCUGAGUAACCUUUACUUACUACUCAGUCACUAAUCUACGCAGUAAUCACUGACACUAAUUUUCCGUUCUGUCGUAUACUCGUACGUUAAUUUUCUAGAUAUGUAAAUUGUUUGUUUCGACUUAACAUCUGUCUAACACAGUCACGGCUACCUCUUUACGGUUAUUAUUAUGUUAACUAGUUAAUACUAAUACAAUGGACAAAUAUGACAAAGCUUCUCAGCAUAUUAAAGAGUCUUUGAAUACAAAAAACCUUGCUGAAUGUCUAUCCCAAACGGGUCGUUUUUCAUAUUGUGCAUUAUGUGCAACUUCAUUAAGUUGUCUAUAUAAAUAUCCUGCACAUGUAGAUUUUAAAUUGGACUGUUUACGUAUACUAUGUAAUCAUUUAAAGCUAAUGUUACAACUACCUACUAUGCGAGAGAUGGCAAAUUGUGAACUUCCCUUAGAUGCCAAAGUAUAUGUUAGAGCUCUUAAAAAAGAAGAAGUACUGAAAGAAGGCAUGAUGAUUAUUGUACAAGACCUUCUUUUACUGGCCAUUUCAAAUGGAUUUAGAGUAAGUACCUAUGAUGCUCGUUGGAGAGUUCUUAUACUAUAUGUUACUCGUGUGUUUGAUCUUGAUUUAAGUACAGUAGAUAAUUUUGAGUUAAACGUUGUAAAUUGUUUAUCAAAUUUUUUGCCAGUUCAAACCGAACAAGAACAAGCUGAUGCUGCUCGCCGUAUUCGUGUAUCGAAGACUAAACGUUUUGCAUUGAUUGGAUUAGCAUCAGUUGGUGGUGGACUUCUCCUUGGUUUAACUGGUGGAUUGGCUGCUCCUCUUAUUGGUACAGGACUAUCUAGUGUCUUAGGAACAUCUAUUGUUGGUGCUAUAGGAUCAGUUGGUGGUACAGCUAUUGUUGGAUCACUUUUUGGUGUUGCAGGAGCAAGUUUAACUGGAUAUAAAAUGCAUAAAAGAGUUGGUGACAUUGAAGAGUUUCAAUUUCGUAAAUUGUCUACAGAUGCAGAAACUGGAGAUAUUCACUUACAUAUUACUAUUGUUAUAUCUGGAUGGUUAAAUGAUGACAAAGAAACCAGCUAUAUUAAACCAUGGGAAAAUCUUCGAGACAGCCCAGAACAGUAUUAUUUACGAUAUGAAUCUUCUUAUCUAUUGGAAUUUGGAAAAGCUAUGGAAUACUUCUUUAGUUUUGCUGUUUCUGUAGCAGUUCAAGAAUCAUUGAAGUAUACUGUGCUCUCAGGCCUGAUGGCAGCUAUUGCAUGGCCUGCUGGAAUUUUGGGAUUGGCCUCUGUCAUUGAUAAUCCAUGGGGUGUGUGCUGUCGACGUUCAGCACAAGUUGGAAAACAAUUAGCUGAAACUUUACUGACACAUAGUCAUGGUAAUCGUCCAGUUACAUUGAUUGGUUAUAGCCUCGGAGCUCGAGUUAUCUAUUAUUGUUUACGAGAAAUGUCCCAAAGAGAAAAAUGUCAAGGUAUUGUUCAAGACGCUAUCCUAAUAGGCACUCCAUGUACUAGAAAUUCUUCAGACUGGAAUAAAAUUACUGAAAUUGUAGCUGGAAGAGUAGUAAAUGCAUAUUGCAGAAGUGAUUGGUUCCUGAAAUUCUUGUAUAGAACACUUUCUAUGCACGCUAAUGGAGUUGCUGGUCUUCAAGCUGUUCAAUCAGUUAAUGAUAGGAUAGAAAAUAUUGAUUUGACUGAUAUUGUUUCAGGGCACUUUGAAUAUCCGCAAAAACUGACAGAGAUUUUAAUGCAUAUUGGAGUUAAUGUAGAUGAAUCAGCCAAACUGCAAUUAAUUACUACACAAUCCAUGCCAGAAAAAAUGUGUGAAAGUUUAAAAAUAAAUGAUGAUUAUACUGUCAAAAAAUCAAAAUCGGUAAUUGAUCUCACAACAAUUGACAAACAAAAAAAUGCGACACAAUGAUUAUUUUGUCUGCUGUUAACAUAUCGAGCUUAUUUCUUCAAUUCAAUGAUAUAUCAUAAUAAGUAUUAUAUUAACUGUUUUAAAAAUAUAUAUGUAUUUAAUUAAUCUAUUGAAAAUUUUAAGUUUAUGAAAAUAAUAUGGUGCUUUAAAAAUUAUUCAAAUCAAUUCAUAUUU